AUGAGCGACAGAGAAGGAAGUCGAUCGCCAAAAGCAAUGGCCGAACGUGAAGAGUCUCCCAGAAAUCAUAAGGAAAAAAGCUACUCUCGAAGUCCUAGUCGUAGUCGCAAAAUUUACCGCGUCGGUGACAAAGAUAGACGUAGAGAUGAUCGCGAAGAUAGAGAUAGAAGACACAAAUCAAGAAGUCGUUCUCGCUCGAAUAGACGUUAUAAGUCAUCAAAAUAUUCACGAAGUCGCUCACGCUCAGGAGGUUAUGGGCGUAGAUCGUACUCACACAGCCCUAUGUCGAGUAGAAAACGUCAUACUGGCACUAGAGACAAUCCUAAACAAUCGAGAUGUUUGGGAGUAUUCGGAUUGAGUGUCUAUACUACUGAGGACGAAUUAUAUCAUCUUAUGUCAAAGUAUGGUCCCGUAGAAAGGGUGCAAGUAGUAAUUGAUGCUAAAACCGGACGUUCAAGGGGAUUCUCAUUUGUGUAUUUUGAAAACAGUGAUGAUGCAAAAGUAGCUAAGGAGCAGUGCACUGGCAUGAAACUUAAUGGAAAAAGCAUCAGAGUUGAUUAUUCAAUUACUGAAAGAGCUCAUACGCCUACUCCUGGAAUUUACAUGGGAAAACCAACAUAUAAAUAUUCCGACCGGUACGACAGGCGCAGAAGUGACAGAGAUGAUUAUUAUAGAGGAUCUCGUUACAGUCACCGACGAUCACCGUCUCCAUAUUAUAGCAGCCGAAGAAAACGUUAUUCAAGAUCAAGAAGUUAUUCUCCACGUCGUUAUUGA